AUAUAUAAUUAAGGGAAAGAUGUACGUUUGAGCUGAAAUAUCAAAAAUUCCGUCAGAUAAUUCCGAGCCCUGAUGUCAGUAUCCCUACACAGCUGGCUACAGUUUCCUUUAUUGGUUUGAUGCUCAGAUUCAGUCGGGCAAUAGGCCAGGAAACAGUGUAAUUAAAAAUGAAUCAGAACAGGUCACUGUGCAAUUAACAGACUGUGUCUACAAGGUAUUAUUAAUGCAUGUCAAAAACGGGAGAUGAACACAGGCAGGAUGAGGGGUGAGUCUCAGGGGAAGAAGAUCACACUGAAGAUGGCCAGGAACGCGCUGCGGGUGACUGUGGACGGCCGACGCCGCCUGGACCUGAGCAACAUGCAGAUGGCCGAGUUCCCCCGGUGCCUGCUGAGGUUGGCGGACGUGGAGGAGCUGGACCUGAGCAGGAACCGGCUGCAGAAGCUGCCCGAAUACAUUGAGCGGUUCCACAACCUGCGCUGGCUGGACCUGCACAGUAACCGGCUGGCGGAGAUCCCGGCGAGCAUCGGGCAGCUGCAGGGCCUCCUCUACCUCAAUCUGUGCAACAAUCAGCUGUGCAGCCGCGGGCUGCCUGAGGAGCUGGGCCAGCUGGACCGCCUGCGCAGCCUCAACCUGGGCAUGAACCGGCUGGAAAGUCUGCCAUACUCCAUGGCGACUCUCAGGGAACUGCGCGAGCUGGGUCUCUUCGACAACCAGCUGACUCAGGUGCCCGACUGCCUGCGCCGGCUGCCGCACCUGCGCAAGCUCAACGUCUGCCGCAACCCCAUCCGCAGCCCGGACGACGACAGCGGCCGGGACCCCAUCCGACGGGUGGAGUGUUUCUACCUGGUGGACGGGGACGGCCUGUGCGAGACCUGCACGCAGAAAUGCCGAGAGAAGCUCGGGAGACUAGACCAGCUCCGGUCGGGUGUCGGCCACGCCCACAGCAGUUCUGUUUGGCUACUCACGCCGAACUCUGUGGCGAAGGAAGUCCAGGCGCUGCGGCAAUGACCGCCGUCAGCCUGACACGCGCGUGUAAAUUUUUAACCUGCGAUGUAACGGGAGACACGGAGUGAGUGGAGUCAGAGUCACGCUCGCCGAAUUCCAGCACCGAGAUCGAACUUUACUGCAGUUGCUGUAGAAACUGACCACUGAUGCAGAAGCUGCUGCUCUAUAAAGUCUCAAGAAUGUGGAAAUCAGGAAUAUUCAUAAGGUUACAGUCUUCACCAUACUGCCUUCGUGAUGUAAAUAUUUACUGUAAUUUUACUUUUGUCAUGGACGUCAAAAAGGUUGUGUCUAAAAUAAUCGACUGUAUCAUUUCUGUAGGUCAUAAAUGUGUUGCUCUGUGACUAUAAUUAAAGAAUCAAUCUGCAAACAGAA